GGUCCUCAACACAGUAUUUCUUUAAUUCUUUCCAUCCAACCUCUACCAUUUUGUAGGGUUUUUCGAGAAUCCAUCAGUGGUGAAUCAGAAAACAAUUUUUUUUUUUUAAAACAGAUUAUUCGAUAAUGAAACAAUAACAAUAUAUUCCAAAAAGAGCCGAGAAAUCAAUUAUUGUCUGAGAAUCCAUUGAACGUCGAUCUUCCAUGGAUACUUCUGUAACGCAGACGACAAAGACUCUGCCUCCGGAAGAUGAAGAAGAAGAUGAUGAGUGGGACACUGAUGGGUUUGUGCUUCCAAGCUUGGAGACUGAACAAGAAAAUGUUAAUGAUUCACAAGUUGAUACAUCUUCUCCUGAAAUUAUUAAAGCUGAAGAAAGCAUCUACCUAGGACCACAUGGAGGAGCUCCUCCCUCGCAGCUACAAGACGGUAACCCGUCGAGCAGGAAGCAGCGGUUUAAGCAGAAGCUCAAGGAAGCGGACCAGAAAAUGAAUGUGUCUGGUCGAGAAAACAAAGUGGCCAACCUAAGAGAGCUUGUAGGCGGCGUUGAGAAAGGAACUGAUGUGUCAAAAGGUGUUUCAAGAGACUGGCUUGACCCACAUUGCCAUGAGUCUCUGUUCGAGAAACGUCAACAACUGUAACGCCUCCUUUUUUCUCUUUUGUAAUCGUUUUGUAUCAAUACCCAGAGAUCUCAAUGCAAUAAAAACAAUCAUCAUAUUA